AUGUCUUACCCUUCGGAAAAGCAAAAGGAACCGGUGAGCUCUUCCGCCGAAGAUACUAGCCUAGGAGCACCUCCUCCAUCCUACGAAGAAGCCGUGCCGAGCGCCGCCCAAGAUGACCUACCAGAAUAUGGCAACCUAUCAGACAACCUUCACACCGAAGCCGGGCCCUCGUCCUCCACAACUCUCACAGCCGCGACACACAAAUUCCCGCCCACGAUAAACUGCUACUUCCAAUGGGCCUUCACAAGAACCUUUAUCCUCGGUCCCUCCAACGAGGAGAGGCUCUUCGCCGCCUCGCCGCACGCGGGCUGGCGCACCAAGAGACGAGAAAUCAUCCUCCACGAUGGGCCUACGGACAAGCACCCCGUCCUCGCGACGAUCGGCAAGUGGUGGGCCGCAAAGGCUCAGACGCCUGCGACCAUCGUAAUCCCGCCCCAGGAAGAACGCGGCGAGACGAGCGGGUUUGAGACGGAGAUUACCGGGGUGCCGUGGGGCUUGGAUCAAAGUUCCGCCCGCGUGUUUUCGAUGACCGUCGGGGUGAAAGAGACCGGGACGGAGGCUAGGACGGAGAGGUUUCAAUGGAGGGGCAGUCGUGGCGGGGAGUUCUCUGAGCUUGCUCACGGGGGCACGUAUGGGUGGAAGUUGGUUAGGUUGAAUGAAGUUGCCGAGGGCGCGGGAGGGAGUAGGCGAGAGAGGGAAGCUGGAUACACGAGCGAUGGGCAUGAGAUUGUUGCUAUUCUGGCGACGAAUUACAAGAGUUUGACAAAGGGGCUAAAGUUCUCGUUUGCUGGCUCGGGAUUGACGGGGAUGUUGGGGGAGAGGUGGGAGAUUGUUACCGUCGCGACUGCGUUGUGGACUUGGUAUACUCACAUUGAGGGCACUGAGGGUUCUUAA